GAGCUGUCCAAGAGAGGCCUCAAUGAAAACAUUGAUCUCCAGAUCAUGCAGCUGCCGGUGGUUUACCAAAAAGCAAAGGAGCAAGUCAUCAAGAUAUGGACAACUCUUCAGCCACUGCUUACUGUUCACGUUGGGCUGGCUUCAUCCACCACAGCGCUCAUCAUCCUGGAGCAGUGUGGGAAGAACAAAGGCUACCAAGAGAGAGAUGCUUGUGGUUUCCACCCAGAAGGUGCCUGCUGCAUGCUAGAUGGCCCAGAGAAGAUUGAAUCUACAAUUAAUAUGAAGACUCUCUGGAAAACCAUUUCAGUGGAAGGGAUUGAUAUCAUCUUUUCCAGAGAUGCAGGAAGGUACAUCUGUGAUUACACCUACUACACCUCUCUGCAUUAUGGCAAAGGAAGAGCAGCUCUCAUCCAUGUGCCUCCAUUAUCCAAGUCAGUAACUGCAGACUUUCUAGGAAAAGCAUUACAGACCAUUAUCCUUGCAAUGUUAGAACAGUGUGGGCAAGAGAGAGAGAUGGAUCACAUCAGAAAAAAAUGA